CAUGCUCAGAACAGUUUUGCGAACCGACUCAAGCUGAAAUAGUUUUGAAAUAUUUCAAAGUAUAAUCGCUUGAAUGAAUAGCUUGCCGUAAAAACCCUAAAAUUUUGCAAAUGAAACCUUUCAGAAUUUUUAUAUAUUAUGGUAGCUAGAAAUCAAUUGAAAUUGUGUUUUGAUGGCUAAUGAUUCUUCUACGACCGGCAAUGAAGAGCCACAGGAGUUUUGUGGACUCUGCGAUGAGUUCUUCCGCACUCUUGACGAAUAUCUGGAUCAUUUAGAGAGCAAUGAUCACAUGGAGAAACUAGUUGGGAGUAAUUUCCUCUCUAAGAAAUGUCUAGAAGUUUUUCAGUUACUACAAGAGCGAUUUAGAGCCUCGAAAAUUGCAAGUUGUUGCGGAAAAGGUAAAGGCAGUCUCCUUGAUUUUGUCUCUCAUUUAGCCUGUCCUUGUCAAGCGCGCUUAAUUCAGGCGAGUACAGAACACGUUGAAGAAGAAAAGGUUAGGAAUGGAGAGUCAACGACGAAGUUCAAUAACAGUCUAGAGUUCGAAAAACAUGCCAAUUGUUCCAAGCUUGCGGCAAAGACUCAUAGAAUUGCAAGAAAAGCCACUGCGCCACCUACACGUUCGUUUACUACCAAAAAGAUAGCAGAUAAAGGCAACCAUGCUCCUGUUAAAAAGCCGGAAAUUGAUCACGGUUCUUCUAGUGACACCGAUGCGCAGCAACAAAACGCAGUGGCAAACGCCGGAAAGAAGAUGGAAGAGGCGCUGGAAGAGUAUAUGGUUAUGCAAGCAUGCAAAGAAGGAAAGAGACGACGCGUGACUCCUCCUAUGGGCAACAUGGCUCAUCUGCUGGGAUCAGCAGACGGCAGGAGAAUCAUGAGGGGUCUGGCAAGACAUACCAGUGUGUCUUACCAUGAUCUGAUGCCUCCUGCGGUUAAACGGACAAAAACUUCAAAUAGCUCAGUGGCUAACAAAGGAGGAGUUGCUAAUGGUAAUUCUAGCAACAAACGUCGCCCGAGUUCGUCGUCUGAGGAUGAAAAGGCUGCUCUGCCACAGUUCAACCUGCCUCCGGAUUACUAUGAGUCGGAGAAGUAUCCGGCAGUGGAUUUGACUGGCUUGGAUGUGGACACCUUCUUUGCACAAGAUGCGGAUAGUAGUGUUUUGGACCGAGUGGAGAACUGCAGUCUAAAUGUGACUAACACCAUCACAAACACUGAGAGAGACAGGUAUGGCAACUCAGUGUGUGAUCGCCACUGUACCUUCAUCAUCUUCCAGUGCAGCAGGUGCAGUGCACUCCUCACAGACAACAGUCGCUUCACAGACCACUUCUACUCUCACUCGGAGUCCACCGGGAGACCCUCGAGGCACAAGCAGUUGCAGGAGGGGGCACAAACGGCGGCGUGUGGGAGUGGGGGUGAUGGGGAUGUGGCCUGUCUAGUGUGUGAGGGGGUGGUGCUGAAGACGACAGUGGAGAUCAGGAGACACAUGAUGAUGAGCAUCCACUCCACAGCUGUGAACAAGUUCGCAAUAGACACCAGAGGCACUGUGAGCAGACAGCUGAUGAAGUUGCAGAGACUCAAGAAAUUGCAGACGAAGAAUCCUUCGUCUCUGAAAGAAUUAACAGAAAUAGUAGCUCCCAUCAAUGCCCUAGUGCUGGCUCUGAUUAGAGUGUGCCAGAUUAUAGUGGCAUACCAUAAGGACUCUAGACAUCUCCAAUAUGACAUCACACCUGACAUGUUCGACCAGGAGAAACAUCUCAUUCCGGAGCUGAAGUUCUACUUGAACAUGGCCUUCAGACACUACCUGCCUCGCUCCUUCCACAAAUUCAAAGGAUUGUUCUACUGUACUCUAUGCAGUGGGCUUUUCUGCGACCUUCAGAUGCUGGUUGAUCACGCAGUGAAAGAUAUUUCACACCUGAUUCGAAGCUGCUUCCGUCUCAAGGACAAUAGCAGUGUAGUGUGUUUUUAUUGCCAACACCCACACCUAGCCGCUAAUUGCAUGGCACUCAUCGAGUCCUGCAACAAGACCAACCCGUCCACAGGCGAGAAGUACGAGUGCAUACGGUUUGAAAGAGGCGUAGAGAGCAGAAGCAGCCACGCAGAAGAUGACGAGGAUGCUGAGGAGGACGUGAAGACACUGUCAGAAUAUUUGAAGAGAAGUGGGAGAGGAAUGGCGAAGUUGGAUGGAGUAGAUGCUAAGGUGCUCUUCAAGUGCAAAAGUGUGAGCUGUUCGAGUUCUUCUAAAUGGAGUAACAUGUCCAGUCUCUCUGCAGUGUACAGACAUCUGACCUCAAGGAUACACACGCCUCCAUCCUCAGAACUGAAACUGAACUCUAUUAAAAUUGAAUGCAGCUGCUGCAAAGCACACACCUCCUCCUUUGUUUCUUUGGUCGCACAUUGUCUCACUGGUGCUAAGUUGAAAGUGCUUCUUGUGUUAUCCGUAUUGGUUGAAAAAAGUAUUUGUUAAAU